AUGCCCGGCGAAGUCAUAGACCGUCCAAAUCCCGAACCUCUACCAUCAAACCUUCCUGAUGUGCUAGACCAGCUGAUGGUGAAGCUGGACAACAUAAACCUCGAUCAAAGGGAUUAUGACUCAUUGAUCAGGUUUCGUCGGGCGGCGUGCUACAUUGCUGCUGCUAUGAUAUUCUUGCAAGAUAAUGUGUAUCUGAAACGAGAUCUGAAAUAUGAAGAUAUUAAACCUCGAUUGUUAGGCCACUGGGGAACAUGUCCAGGCUUGGCCCUCGUUUACUCUCAUUUAAACUACCUGAUCUCAAAGCAAGACUAUGACAUGUUAUUUGUCGUUGGACCCGGUCAUGGAGCACCGGCAAUAUUGUCUUGCCUGUGGCUCGAAGGGUCCCUUGAGAAGUUCUAUCCACAGUAUUCGCGUGAUGCCGAUGGUCUCCACAGCCUGAUAUCAACUUUUAGCACCACUGCUGGGCUACCCAGCCAUAUAAAUGCGGAAACCCCCGGUGCCAUCCAUGAGGGAGGAGAGCUCGGAUAUGCGCUUGCUGUCUCAUUCGGUGCUGUUAUGGAUAACCCUAACUUGAUUGCCGCUUGUGUCGUUGGUGAUGGCGAAGCUGAAACAGGGCCAACGGCUACGAGCUGGCAUGCGGCCAAAUACAUCGAUCCUAAAGAAUCAGGUGCUGUUCUGCCCAUCUUGCACGUGAAUGGUUUCAAGAUCAGCGAGAGAACAAUUUUCGGUUGCAUGGAUGACCGGGAACUAACUGCCUUGUUUGUUGGAUAUGGCUAUCAGCCACGUUUUACGGAUAACCUCAAUGAUAUCGACACCGACUUACAUACAUCCAUGGUAUGGGCGGUAGGAGAGAUUCGCAAAAUACAAAAGGCAGCGAGAGAAGGAAACCCGAUGGAGAAACCAAGAUGGCCUAUUAUUAUUUUACGGACACCAAAGGGAUGGUCUGGCCCAAAGAAACUCCACGGCAAAUUCAUCGAAGGAUCUUUCCACUCCCACCAGGUUCCUCUCCCUAAAGCAAAGAAGGAUAAGGAAGAACUCGAAGCCCUUCAAAAAUGGCUAGAGUCAUAUAGUCCUAACGAGCUGUUCAACGAUAAGGGAGGACCCACCGAUGAAAUAACAUCAAUUAUUCCGAAACCUGACAGGAAAAGACUUGGCCAACGUGUCGAAUCAUACUGCAGCUACUAUGCUCUUGAUUUGCCAGAGUGGAAGAGUUUAGCCGUCGCUAGAGGGGAAUACGAGAGUUCAAUGAAGGCGAUUGCAAAUCUCAUUGAUCAGGUGUUUGUCAAAAAUCCGCAUACUGCAAGACUCUUCUGCCCGGACGAACUCGAAAGUAACAAACUGGACGCCUCCUUGACGCAUACUGGCAGAAACUUCCAGUGGGAUCAAUACUCCAGGAACCAGGGAGGGCGUGUUAUCGAAGUCCUCAGCGAGCAUAUGUGUCAAGGUUUCAUGCAGGGAUACACAUUGACAGGCCGCACUGGAAUAUUCCCGACUUAUGAAAGCUUCCUCGGUAUUGUGCACACAAUGAUGGUGCAAUACAGUAAAUUCAGCAAGCUGGCCCGAGAAACAAAGUGGCACUGUGACGUUGCCAGUCUCAAUUAUAUCGAAACUAGCACAUGGACUCGACAAGAACACAACGGCUUUUCUCACCAAAACCCAUCAUUCAUUGGCUCAGUAUUGAAACUCAAGCCCUUCGCAGCACGCGUUUAUCUACCGCCGGAUGCCAACACAUUCCUAUCCACUCUUCACCACUGCCUCCGAUCAAAGAACUAUAUAAACCUAAUGGUUGGCUCAAAACAGCCAACUCCGGUCUUUCUAAGUCCUGAAGAAGCCGAGAACCACUGUCGUGCAGGCUCAUCCAUCUGGAAAUUCUGCAGUACCGACGAGGGCCGAAAUCCCGACGUCGUACUGGUAGGCAUCGGCACUGAACUGACCUUCGAAGUCAUCUAUGCCGCGGCGCUUCUACGAAAGCUCGUCCCGGAGCUCAGAGUACGUGUUAUCAAUGUGACAGAUUUGAUGAUCCUCGAUACUGCAGGCGCACAUCCUCACUCUCUAUCAGAAGAUGACUUCAAUGCACUGUUCACUCCGGAUGCUCCCGUUCAUUUCAACUACCAUGGCUACAACACGGAACUACAAGGUCUUCUGUUUGGACGACCUCAUCUUGAGCGCGUAACCAUUGCGGGAUAUAUUGAAGAAGGCUCUACUACAACGCCUUUCGAUAUGAUGCUCGUCAACAAAGUUUCCAGAUUCCAUGUUGCAGAGUCGGCUGUCCGUGCAGCUGCGAAACGCAAUGAAAAGGUUCGCUUAAGACAACAGGAGUUGUUGGGUGAGUUGAGUGCGAAUAUUGCUACGACUAAAAGAUAUAUCCUGCAAAAUCGGAAUGAUCCCGAGGAUAUGUACACUAUGCCCAAUUUUUAG